ACUUUUUAAAUAUUCCCAAAAACCAAAUAAGAAACAAAGCAAAACUAUUAUUUGCAUUGUAGUUAGUUAAAACUUAUAAAUUUUAACAUACAAAAUAAAAUAAGAUACAAAACAGAAUCAAACACUGACAAUAUGAGUUCAAAUCAAAAUCUUCAUUCUAUGUCAAAACUCACAGAGUUUGCUCGUGAUUUUGAAGAAGAGCCAGAAACAUUAUUUGGCCGAUUUGUAAAUAAAAUUCAAAAUGCCUACAAUCAAUCCUACAAUACGGUGAAUGAUUUAUCUAGUGUCAAUCCUCCCCAAUCGCCCACAUCAUCCACAACUUCCAACACUACAAAAUCAGUAUUUUAUGCAGAUGCAAAUGUUCAGCCAGAUAAUUCGACUAUAACACGAGAUAGUUCAUCGUCUAGCAUUAAUUCGAAUGGCUUAUAUCAAACCAAAGCGAAUAGCGGUGUUGGGAGUGGCGGUGGCGCUGAAACGUCAUCAAAUACUGCAGAUGAUAGCAGUUCAGUGGGUAAGGCUGAUACAUUACCCAUGGAAGCGCAUGAAGGGCGCACCAUGGUCAAUGUUUUAAAACGCAUGAGAACUAUGAUGGCUUCCAAAAAUAAUGAUUUGCGUAACUAUAAAGAUACCGACUUGCAUCGAUUCUGGAUGCCUGAUUCUAAAGCUAAAGAAUGUUAUGAUUGUACUCAAAAGUUUUCAACAUUUCGCCGCAAACACCAUUGUCGUCUAUGUGGUCAAAUAUUUUGCUCCAAGUGCUGCAAUCAAGUGGUGCCGGGAAAGAUUAUAAUGUGCUCAGGGGAAUUAAAGGUGUGCAACUAUUGUUCGAAAAUUGUUCUCAGUUAUCUACGUUCUCCCAAUAUAACCAAGGAUCUAAAUUCGGAUUUGCAAGCUUUGCAACAUGAUCUGACAAGUAAGUUGGAGACAAAUAAUGACGCGGAGCCUGCAAAUUUAAUAGCAGAACCAACACGUUCACAAUUAGAACGUAAAGUUUCUGUAGGAUAUCAAGAAGAACGUUUUGCAGCCCACCAACCGCCCAUUAGUUUGACAAUGGAUGAUCGUAAAAACAUUCUGCAACAGUCAAAUUCCCUCAUCACCCUACACGAAGAAAUGCGCAAAGUUUUGCCUGCACAAAACUGUGGAGUAGAAAUGAUUGAGUUUCUCAACACAAAUAACAAGUCUUCGAACAAAGUGCAAGCAGUAGCAAUUUUGAAUGCAAUGUUAGAUGCUGGAUUUAUACAACCGAUUGUAAAUGAUUCAGAGGAAACAGAAUUUGAUGAAAAUCUACAUUAUCGUUUUGUUAGCGUUCUGCCAAGACAAGCAUUGGAAGCCAUUAACUUUAUGGAAAUCAAUCAAACAGAAGAAAUUCUUAGUCCUCAGUAUGAGCAAUUUGGCAUUGAACCACAUCCACCGAAAUCACUUGAUGCUUCAUUUAAUCUUAAAUCCACGCGUGAUGUAGAAUUGGACAACUCUAUGCACACGACAACGUCAAAACUAUUAGAAUCAUACUGUGAUCACGAAGAGCAACUGCUAACGCAAAUGCUGAGGACAUUCCAAUUGGAUUUACAAUGGGCUAAAGUUCUAAAUCCUUUGUGUUGCCGUGCCGCAAACCAUUUCAAGCCCGAAUACUGUACUAAUGAAUUGAUGGAUAUAAGAAACUAUGUGAAUUUCAAAAAAGUACCAGGUGGCAAGCGACUGGAGUGUACAAUUGUGGGUGGUGUGGUAUUUUCGAAAAAUGUGGCCCACAAGGACAUGGCAACGAGAGUGGAACAACCACAAAUAUUGCUGCUGCAAUGUCCCAUUGUAUAUGAACGUAUUGAAGGCAAAUUUGUAAGUAUAUCCACUGUUCUGCUGCAGGAGAAAGAAUAUUUGAGAAAUGUGUGUGCACGCAUAAUGAGCUUUAAGCCCAAUGUAGUGUUGGUGCAUAAAAAUGUAGCCGGUGUAGCACAAGAUAUUUUAAGAUCAAAUGGAAUUACUUUAGUUUUGGAUGUAAAACUUUCGGUUAUGGAUCGUUUGGCACGCACUUUACAAUGCGAUGUCCUCACCAGUAUUGAGGGUAAUAUUUCACAACCAAAUCUUGGUAAAUGUGAUGCAUUCUAUAUACGCAGUUACAACGAUGGCAUGGGUGCCACAAAGACACUAAUGUUCUUUGAGAAAUUACAAAGUCCAAGGGGUUUUACUUGCCUUUUAAGAGGUGGCUCCAACAAGGAGUUGGCCAAAGUUAAAAAAGUUGCCUCAUUUUUGGUGUACGCCCGUUAUAACUGGCGUUUGGAAAUGUCCUUUCUGCUGGAUGAGUUUGCAGAGCCGCUAACACCAAAGCCACCCAUAUUUGAUUCCAAAGAAACAAGUCCUGCCGACGAAAACGCCAAUAUAAACGAGAAAUCUCUCGAUAUCAAUCAUCCGACCAAUGAAGAAGACGAAGAAGUACCACAAUUACGUUCAGCGAUUUCAACGUCUUCCAAUAAACCACGUCCUGUUGUAGUUGAACGCAAAUCUGAAGAAAAAAUUCUAACUACGGCCACUGAUGUAUCGGCAGAUUUUACGGAUCCUCUGCGAUCUGCUGAAUCGAAAAUUUCAUCAGACAACCCACACAAUCUUCAGCUGGCCGUAGAACAUCGUUAUGAUAACCGAUUUCGUAGUGCUCUUAGUUCUACUUUAUUAUCGGUUAGUCCAUUCCUUACAUUUCCCUUGCCCUAUUUGGAAACCGAACAAGGGCGCAAGUGCCCACUGCGUAUUUUAUUUCCAGCUGAAUUGUACUAUUCAAAAUUAUGGUCGAAUGUAAACUCUGCAAAUGCAACAAAUUACAACGCCUACAAUUAUGAACGCUUAGAGAGCUGUGAAAUUAUUCCAACUGAUAUCGAACAAUUAGAAUUGAAUCCAUCGCAUGAGUUUCUGAAAUUGAAAAUAACUACCCCGAUUGACAAUCGUGAAAUACAAACUCUGCUGGCAGAGUUUAGAGCGUACGGUGGAAGGUAUCCCAAAAGGCCAAGAUUGUUCAAAUUCCUAAAAGGACGAAAGGAAAUUAAAAGUCAAAUGUCACAAAAAGCUCAAGAGGAUAAUGUUUACAAGGACGCACUUGAUAUCGAAAAUCAUCAACGAUUGCCAGUGUUAUUUUGUAGUUUCUUUUUCAAUCCAAAAGGUGCAUCUUCUUUCUGUGCCCCACCUACACUAUUGGAUAUGAAAUUCUAUGGGCAGCAAGACAUUAUGUUGGGCCAAUUUUUACAACGUUAUUGCUGUCGUUUAUCGUCGAUAUGCACACGAUGCAACCUACCGAUGUUGGGUCAUACCAGACGUUACGUACACUCAAUGGGCUGUGUUAAAGUAUUCUUAAGCGAAGACAAUACCAAGUCGGAUCUAAAUAGUAUAUAUUUUACAGCCUGGUGCAGUAUAUGUAAUGAGGUUACACCCAGCGUGCCCCUUUCAGAAACUACAAAAUGCCUGUCGUUGGCCAAAUACUUGGAAUUACGUUUUCACGGUCAUGCUUAUAAGAAAAGAUCGGUGGCGGAUGAAAGUGGUAUUGGGACAAAGGUUAACUGUCAGCACUCCCUGCAUCGCGACUAUGUUCAUCAGUUCAGUUAUCGUGGUGUGGCAGCUAAAUUUCAAUAUACUCCUUUAGAAACUUGGGAAAUCGCUUUGCCAUUACUUACCCUGCAUUUGCAUCCACCUAAGGCUUUUAGUCGUUUUGAGGUGCUGGAGGAAGUUAAAAAUUUCUCCAUGAAAGGUCAUGAAGUUUAUACUCGCAUACACGAACGUAUUGCCGAUUUAGCUACUGAAGAUGAAAGUUCGCCUUUAGUAUCGAGUUUGAAAAUGAUUUUGAGUAAAGAUCAAUUUAUUUUCAAACAGCAUGUGGAAAUAAUACAAACAUUGCUAACGGAAAAUAAAGCCAGUCCCUAUGACAUAAACGAUGCUUUAUUAAUGUCGAAAAGGGUUUUGGCUGAAAGUAUAGAGCAGUGGGGUCCACGCCUACAUGAAAUGGCUGUAGCACAAAAAUUGGCCGCCAAACAAGGACAUGAUUCAGGACACCAUACAGUAGAUGCUGGUACAAUUUGUACCGAAGACUUGCGUUCAGACCACUCCGAUAUCUCACCAACCACAACACAAACCCCCGAUACCCCUCGUCUUUUAGGAAAUGAAGAUUCGCUAGAUACUACUUCCAAUACGAAUGAAACACCCACAAGUGCGACAGACAAGAGUACUACAGAUUCCCAUUUUGUUAUGCCCACCGUGGCGACAACAGUGCCUUCUUCGGAUAAGAAAACGAUCAAGAAAAUGUUAACCCAACUAUUACCAUCGACAGGUCCGGUUAAUCUUUUACAAUCGCCUUUUAGUAAUUUGGAACAUUACACCCUGCCACUGGGAGCAUUUCCCAUGGUAGUACACGACCAUGAUUUUAGUUCCAUAAUUGCUUAUUGUUUGACAUCUCAGGAAUAUAAAAGGAUAUUGAGUGUUUUGGCCAAUCAACAGAGUGCAGCCGACACCACAUCAAUAUCUAGCAACACGGGAGUCAAUAUCAAUCCAAGUCCUCACGUAAAGAGGAAAUCACAAGAAAGUAACUACGAAACCGAUGAUAAUGGCAAAGAAAAUAAUACACCACCUCCUGCGGCCACAUCGAAUAGUAAUCAAGAAGAAGAACGCUCAAAAUCCAAGACGAGUAAUUCUCAUAUUGAAAUAACGUUCCAAGAUAAUAACACACAAUUUACAUGUAAAAUGUAUUUUGCCAAAGAAUUUGACCAAAUGAGAGCUAGAACCAUAAAAGCUCCCAAGUUGGAUAAAUCAUUGUACCGUGAAAUCGAACAAAGUAAAAAGAGGGAAGAACUGAAAGUUUCACAAAGUAAAAAUGGCCCCGAAAUAGAGUUAGUGCGUAAACCCAGCGAUGCUGGACUAAACAUUACAACAGCUAACGAUAAUAAAUGGGAAAACUACAGCAACAGUAGCAGCAGCACAAACAAUAAAGAUGACAACUCUCGUGUCCAAGUUGAUGCAAGCGAAGAAUGUCGUUAUUAUUUUGCACGCUCUCUUUGCAGCAGUGUACAGUGGGAAGCCAAGGGAGGAAAAUCAGGAUCUCGUUUUUGUAAAACAUCGGAUGAUCGUUUUGUAUUGAAAGAAAUGACAAAAAGUGAUAUAAAUAGUUUUGAAAAUUUUGCUCCCAACUAUUUUGAUUACAUUGGAAAAUGUCAGCAACAAAAUCAACCUACCUUAUUGGCUAAAAUCUUUGGUGUAUUUAAAGUUACCAUAAAAAAGAAAGAUUCAUUUGUUGAAAAAUCUUUGCUGGUUAUGGAAAAUCUCUUUUAUGAAUGUGAUAUUAAAAAUAAAUUCGACUUGAAAGGUUCAGAACGUAAUCGUUUAGUGGAUCCAAUGAAUCAACAGCAAGGAGAUAUUGUUUUACUAGACGAAAAUUUUGUACAAAUGUCCUGGUUGAAACCUUUAUACAUUUUAACACACAGCAAAGUGGUUUUGAAAGAUGCCAUCAAUCGUGAUGCUUGUUUUUUGGAAAAGAAUCAAGUUAUGGACUAUUCCUUACUGGUGGGCUUAGAUGAAAAUAAUGGUGUUUUAGUAUUGGGUAUCAUAGAUUAUAUUCGUACGUUUACCUUCGAUAAGAAAGUGGAAUCGUUUGUUAAACAAACGGGUAUAUUGGGUGGCAUGGGUAAAUUGCCUACAAUUAUACCACCAGAACGUUAUAGAUUACGUUUUGCCGAUGCAAUGGAUCGUUAUUUCUAUACAGUACCCGAUCGUUGGGAGGGCCUAUCGAAAAUUUGACAUUUAAAUCUCUACUAAAUCCAAUAUUAAAUAUAGCGGAAAAAAGAAACUAAUACGUUUGAUAGUAGUAAUAUCAGUUUGAUAUUGAAAUGCAUAAACUUAAAAAUAUUUAAAUAUGUACAUGAGUUUUUAUGAAAACCAAAUUUUGAUUUAAAACUUAACUAUAUAAUUAUAAUUAUCUAUGUAUAGUUUUAAUGUGUUGAAGAAAAAGAAAAUGUUCACAGAUAUUGUCAGUGUUUUAGAAUUUCAACAAAUAAAAUAAAAAUAGCACACUUUGUUAUAUAUAACAUACAA